ACGUGAUGUUAGGGUGCACACGACUCAGCACGUGCAUUGAAAGCUUCGUAGUAAACACUUCAUGGGCGAGGAGAAUGUGGCUAUUAAAUCUACUUUGUUCCCAAAUCAACUUUUCAAGUCAAGAAUAGGUCACUGAAAGUUUCUUGAAGAUUACAUUUCCUAGAGGUCACUGAAAGUUUCUUGAAGAUUACAUUUCCUAGAGGUCACUGAAGGUUGUCUUAAGUGUGCAAUCAUGCAAGUUGACGAAACCCUGUACGCUGGUACUUUAUCCAGGCCAAGUUCACCACUUUGUAAAGGGGAUUAUUGUGUCCCAUGUCUUGACGCCAUCAACUUGGCGGCCAUCUUUGAAGAUCUGGAUGACCAGCUCAACGUCCUCGCCAACAGUAGCGAUGCUCCGUAUGUGGACGUCAGGUCCAGAAAGUCCAUGUUUGACCACAGAACUCAGUCACGUUUUAGGUUAAGUCCUAAGGCUUCAUCUGACCGAGAAUUCUUCUUGUCUUUGUCGAUCAAAUAUGGCUGCCAUUUCGACACUUGCAUACCAAAAAAGAUAUUGGACAUGAGCAUUGCCCAAACAGAGGACAGUGUGAAGCCAGGAACAUCCUCGUCAGUGAUGGAUAAAGCUGUUCGUCCUACCAACAUUACUGAAGCUGUGCUCAGACAAAAAGACCUUUAUUUUAUUCAGCAAGCUGCUCAUGACCUUAUUGAGGACCUUGUGCAGAGAUCCAGCUUUUCCUCCUUAAAAGAACAUUUCGACAAAGAGAGACGUCGAAGAGAAGCUGUACUGAACAAAUUGAAUUUACCAAAUGACUUGAAUUUAAAAAUCAAUCGUUUGAGGAAAAGUCUGGCCACCUUAAAAGAUACUCAGAGAAAAGAGUCCUGCAGACUGAACAAUCUCAUCUAUCAUUUUCGAAAUGAAAUUUUGGAGGUAAAGGAAAGAACUAGCAAGGAAGCAAAGUUUAUGGAGAAAAUCGCGAACAUGAAGAUAGGCAAGAAUAGAAAGUUUUGGCAACAGCAAGCCGCAGAGUGCGAUCAAACACGCGAGAGUCUGUUGGAAGAAAUUGAUCAUGAAAUGAAUCGGAACUGCUCCAUGGUGGAAAUUAUUCACACCAAAAUAGCGUCAGUUAAGGAACUGUUGACAUACUGGACAGACAAAUAUGAAACGGAGAGAGACAUUCUGAUAGCCGAGCUGGAUAUCUUGAAAGAGGAUAGACAGAAAGAUUUAUACAGACUUGAGGAACUUAACAUUCUCACAAGUCAAUAUAUGCCUAUUGUUGAGGAUUUCAGACGUUUGAAGAGCAUUCAGCAGUCCAAGUCUAACAGAGCAGAAUGUGAGCACAAGAUGGCAACUCGAAUACAAGCUUGGUGGAAAGGGACAAUGGUCAGGCGUCAACUUGGACGCUUCCAUCCUUCCAGAGGUCCAGACAAAAGACCUAGUAUGAAAAUACCCAAAGUGGACUUGUCAGAGCUCAUCAAGGCGCAAGCAAACCCUUCGAAAUUUCCUUUAAUUGGAAAAUCUUUUGCCAACUUUACCAGGUCCUAUAUGGAAGUGAACAAGAAAUUCAAUAAGUCUGAACUGAAUCUGAAACCUUCGGAAGUGUUCACCAACCUGCGGCAGAUGGAGGACGAGGAGGAUAAGGACAUUAAGAAAGAGUUUGACGCUGUCCUAGAAGAAGAUGAACACUACAACCCAGAGCUGCCAGAAGACUUGCUAAUAGACUCCAAGGAGCGGGUAGUUAGCCCCAGGAGCGGCAUCUUGAAAAGUUUCUCCCCCGACAUUAGAAAAUCAAAUUUUGAUUAAAUUCUACACCAUUAAUGACCAUGUGUAUGCGUGUGUAUGUGUGGGUGUGUGCGGUGAACAUCUUGAGUUCUAGUGAGGGAGGGGAGUUUAAAAUGUCUACUUUGAUUGGGGCUGAUCCAACUAUCCCGCUGCGGAUUAUUUAAGAACCGUUGGCUAUACCCUUAGUAUUGGCCUUAAACCUUGACCGCUAGCUCCACCCUGUAUAGUGCUUCUACUUUGACCAUUGGCUUUACCUGACCACUGGCUCUUUAAUGCGCUGGCUUUACUUUAGCCAUUAGCUGUGUCCGCGAGUGUAAAUCUAGUUUCAAAUGUAUGGCUUGACAGUUUCUCCCCUCUUUCAAUGUCAAAUUUUAGAAUUUUGUUUACAUUCAAUUUUGUAUUUGGUCUUUUUGUUUUUCUUGAUACUAUAAUGUUUAGACUGUACACUCUAGCCAGAACUAAUAAAGAAAAAAUAGAAUAGCGAGCACAA